AUGCUCAGUGGUGAUGGUGCUGACUCUGGAGGCAAAGGUCAUGCGGCCCUUGAUGGCUUGCCAAGACUCAGUAAGUGGCUCUCCACCCAAAAUAAUUGCCCGCCCCUGGUUUGGGCUCAUCUUCCACCCACCUGUGCACUGAAUUCUCCUUUUCCUGCUCCCUCUCUGCCUGUCUGCCUGGCCCCAGCAGCUGCACAGAAGGCCGUGCUGACCCUGAACCCUCCCUGGAGCACCAUGUUUGAGGGGGACAGCGUCACUCUGACAUGCAGGGGGCCCCGCUUUCCUGGAUCAAACCUCACACUUUGGCAUUUCAAGGACAAACUCUGGAAAUCUACCUACAAAAAGACCCUCCUAAUUAAAGAUGCAGAAGAAACACAGACAGGCAAAUAUGAGUGCCAGAUCCAGGGCUCCCCACGCAGCAACCCGGUCCAGCUGACUGUUUCCAAGGACCAGCUGAUUCUUCAGGCCCCUCCUUACGCAGUAUUCGAAAGGGACCUGCUGGUUCUCAAAUGCCGUGGGUGGAAAGACAGAAGCAUGUCUAAGCUCAGGUAUUAUAAAGAUGGAGCAGGCAUUACAUUGCGCAGCGUAAAUUCAGAGCUGUCUAUUCCAGAAGCGAGUACAAGUGACAGUGUCACAUAUCAAUGCAAAGGAAAAAUGGACAGUGCUGACUUUCCUUCUGAAAUCACGUCUUCUGAGGUGCCCAUUUUUGUCCAAGGUAAGGGACUGUUGUGAGGGACAUGUUGGGACAGAGAUGGGUUGUUCGCAGCUCAGUUCAGGAGGCCACUGACUCCCUGCAAGAGAAACGUUUGCUUUAGUCUGGAUGGCAUCAGGGGUGCCAUAAUUCACCUAAGUGCCUUUUGUUUAAUUCCAUCCUGCUGCUGGUCUCAUGGGGGUGCAACCAGAGCUAGAGCUGAUGUCAGUGUUGGAUGCACAGAGCUUGGUGUGGUAAUAAAGGGACUCCAUUUAGACUGCAGCAACUCAGAUCUUUAUUUAAGGGCCGUGUGUUCGCUGCUGCUGCUUGAAGCCAGGAGGUGCAGUGUGUGCUCAGAGCUGUUGUGUAGUUCCCCAAGCACAUGAAGUGUCUUGAAAGUUUCCUGAUGUCACCCUCCACAUCAUCCCUGCAGCAAUUCCUGUUCCCAUUGCCAUUGCCCGAACAGCUGUAUUUAAGACAUGGUCAGGGCUGAGCCAUAGAAGGAGAGACAAGAAUUCCCCUCUAUAUAAAGCAUGUUUAUUCAGAGUAACACUGCAUUAACAAGCAGUGGGUUAGUUACCUGAACUAGCAGAUGUCUUAUUCUAAGCAUGUUCAUCAGAUGGCCCUUAGGCGCCACAUUCAAAUUUACACGUGCUCCGGGGGGGGGGGACUUUAAUUAGAGCAGCUCCAAGGGUUGCUCUAAUUAAAGCACUUCAACAUCUUGUGUAUCAGCAUCUCCACACUUCAAAAUGGUGUUCAAUGAAUCAUAGAAAGUUGGGGUUGAAAGGGACCUCAGGAGAUCAUCUAGUUCAAACCCCUGCUCAAAGCAGGCUAGCCCCAACUAGAUCAUUGCAGCCAAAGUUUUGUCUAGCCAGGUUUUGAAAACCCCCAAGGAUGGGGGUUUUUAAAACCCCCUCUCUGGGUAACCUGUUCCAGUGUUUUCCUGCCCUCCUAGUGAGAAAAUUUUUCCUAACAUCAAACUUAAACUUCCCUUGCUGCAACUUGAGCCCAUUGCUCUUUGUUCUGUCGUCUGCCCCCGCUGAGCACAGGCCAGCCCAGCUCCAUCCUCUUUCGAAACCCCCUUCAGGUAGCUGAAGGCUAGUAUUAAGUCUCCUCUCAGUCUCCUCUUCUCUGGACUAAAUAUGCGCAGAUCCCCCAGUCUUUCCUCACAAGUCAUGUUCCCCAGGACCCUCACCAUUUUUGUUACCCUCCACUGAACUCUCUCCAAUUUGUCCUUAUCCUUUUUGUAGUGGGUCACCCAAAACUGAGCACAAGACUCCAGGAGUGGCCUCACAUAGAGGGGAAGAAUCACUUCCCUGGACCUGCUGGCAACACUCCUACCAAUGCAGCCCAGGAUGCCGUUAUCCUUCUUGGCAACAAGGUCACACUGCUGGCUCAUCUUCAUCUUAUUGUCCAUUCUGAUCCCCAGGUCCUUUUCUGCAGAGCUGCUGCCCAGCCCAUCAGCCCCCAGCCUGCACCGGUGCAGGGGAUUGUUCUGUCCUAAGUGCAGGACUUUGCACUUAUCCUUGUUGAACCUCAUGAGACUUCUUUUGGCCCAAUUCUCCAAUUUGUCUAGGUCACUCUGAAUCCUGGCCCUCCCCUCCAGCAUAUCUACUCCUCCCCCCAGCUUGGUGUCAUCUGCAAAUUUGCUGAGGGUGCGCUUUGUGCCAUCUUCCAGGUCAUUGAUGAAGAUAUUGAACAAAACUGGUCCCAGGACUGACCCCGGGGCACUCCACUUGGUACCAGCUACCAACUAGACAUCAAGCCAUUGAUUACUACUCUCUGAGUCCAAUGCUCCAGCCAAUUUUCUAUCCAGCUUAUAGUCCAUUCAUCUAGCCCAGACUUCCUUCGCUUGCCUGGGAGAAUGUUGUGGGAGACCGUAUCAAAAGCCUUUCUUAAAUCAAGGUACACCGCAUCCACUGGUCUCCCUGCAUCCACAGAGCCAGUCACCUCAUCAUAAAAGGCAAUCAGGUUGGUCAGGCAUGACUUGCCCCUGGUGAAUCCAUGCUGACCUGGUGAUCUAGGUUCCUGAUCACCUUUUUCUCUUCCAAGUGCUUGGAAAUGUAUUCUUUGAGGAUCUGCUCCAUGAUUUCUCCAGGGACUGAGGUGAGGCUGACUGGUCUGUAGUUCCCUGGAUCCUCCUUUUUCCCUUUCUUAAAUACGGGCACUAUAUCAGCCCUUUCCUAAUCAUCUGGGACCUCUCCUGAUCACCCUAAUUUUUCAAAAAUGACGGCCAAUGGCUCUGCAGUUGCAUCAGCUAACUCCCUCAGCACCCUCGGGAGCAUCCCAUCCGGCCCCAUGGACUGGUACACAUCCAGCUUUUCUAAAUAGUCCCUAACCUGUUCCUUCACCACUGGGGGCUGCUCGCCUCCUCCCCAAACUGUGCUGCCCGGUGCAGUAGCCUGGGAGCUGCCCUUGCCUGUGAAGAUGGAGGCAAAAAAGGCAUUGAACACUUCAGCCUUUUCCACAUCCUCUGUCACAAGGCUGCCUCCUCCAUUCAGUAGGGGACGCACACUUUCCCUGAUCCUCCCCUUGCUGACAUACUUGUAGAAAUCCUUCUUGUUGCCCUUCACAUCCCUUGCUCGCUGCAACUCCAGUAGCGCUUUGGCCUUCCUGACUUCAUCCCUGCAUGCCCGAGCAAUGCUUAUGGUCUUCCCUAGUUAUUUUGGCAAGUUUGAGAUGGUUUGUUCCUGUGCCCCCAGUAAGCUGUCACUGAAGUACAGCCAGCUCUCCUGCACUCCUCUCCCCCUCUGUCUGGCUUCCCAGGGAAGCUUUAAUUCAAGCGCUCCUGCCACCAUUUUGAAGUGUGGGGAUGCUGAUACACAAGAUGUGGGAGGCUGCUGGGGCGCGGUAAUCAUUACGCUCCAGCAGAUUUGAUUAAUUGAGCAGCCGGAGCACCCUUCAUGCUCAUGUACAGGCACCCCAUGGGACAGCAUGUCAUUAUGAUGGUCUUGAAGGGAUCCAACCAUGCUCUCUUCACCCUUACCUCUUAUUAGUUGAGGCAUAAAUGUUCUUUAAUAUAAUUUCUAGUGGUUUAAACCCUUACUUUCACUCACUCCCACUUAUGCUUCACUCACACUCAUAGAACAAAUGUUGCAUCUAUUUCCACCUGGCAAUAGGGUUAAAAACAUCAGCUUAGCCUUAAUCAUCAAUCACCCGGUUUCACCUACUCAGGUUUUGCCCUACGAUGGAAAGGUGAAAUCAGAGUCAGGCCCCUUAUGUCCAGUUGCUGGAGCAGGAACCUCACAGGCCUGGAGGCAGAGGCAGGCAAAGAAAAUGGGGUGGACAAUAGCAUGAUAACAACAGAAGGAGUGACCCUCCCACCCUCCCACCUUCCCAUCACAAGGGCCUCCUGCAGAAGAGUGCACAGUAAAAUGCCUGUGAGGUUCCUUAUGCGGGGACGUGGGCCGACAGGUAAGUAUUGGAGCCAGUCCUGGAACAUUGCCCUCUCCUCACAACAGCAGCCCAGCCCCACACCCAGCCCCAGCCCCACACGUCACAUGGAGCCGACCAGGGGGCAGAGCUGCCUGGCGGCUCUGGGAUGCUCUGCCCUUCCAGCAGCCAGAGCCCUGCCUCCCCUUGCCCCGGCUUAGUUGGACAUCCACAAGAGCAACACAUUUCACUUUGAGUACAGAGGCUCGCUGUGCUGUUCGGGGGCUUGUGGAGCUGAGGUUUGCAAUGAAGGGACAGACUCCCUUGACUCCUGGGACUCUCCUGAGCCUGCCCAUGGACUCUGAGACUGAACGCUGGGGGGUGACCCAGUCUGGUGUCUUUCUAGAGCUGUUUUCAACACUGGAGCUGAGGGUGGCUGGCUCAGCUGAAGCCAUAGAAGGAAACCCACUGACCCUGCAGUGUGUCACGCAGCCCAGCCCCCUGAAAUCAGGCCUACAGCUUCAGUACUCCUUCUACAAGAACAGCACAAACCUGAGAGAGCCAACGAGCUCCCCUAAGUACCCAAUCCCAGACGCGGGGCUGGCAGACUCGGGACCCGACUCCUGUGUGGUGCAGGCAGUGACCUCAGGUGAUGAGAAAUGGAGCCCGAAGCUAGGCGUCGAGGUUAAACGUGAGUGUCUGACGGGGAUUGUGGGGCAGGGUCUGAGGAUUUCCCCAAUACCUGACCUGGGAAGAAAGGCCCAAGGGAACUUGUAGCAGAAAGCCCCCUUUUCCUCUAAUGUAGCAGAAAGCCCCCUUUUCCUCUUGCCUGCAUUUGCUCUCCCCUCUUUGGAUAUGUUUCUCUUUUUCUACCUUUUCUUCCUUCCUCUCUCUUUCACUUUAAGAUAAGGAAUUGUGUUUUAAAAUUUGUAUGUGUGCAUUUUGUAUCUCCCCUUGUAUUUUGGUAUUUUUUAUCUAUUUGUGUGCCAUGGCAUUUGUAGCUUAUAUUUUAUACUCCUCACCUUUCAACUUUCAACUAAAUGUGUUUUAGUAAAUUAUACAUUGUAACAUUGUUAACAAGGGCAGGAAUCAAACUGCCCUUCCUGUAUCAGGCUGGCCUCUGAAAGAGUGAGUGAAUCAGUGAUUGAAUGUGUAACAUGGAAGCAGGCAGCAAUUAUCACCUGGAAGCUGAACUCAAUAGAAGACAGUGUAACAACUGGGAAAUCUCUAUACCUCACUGAUCAAGGGCUAGAAGCCCUGGCCUGACUUAAUCAACACCAGAGACCAACUUUUGGGCUGAAUGUCUCCAGAUCGACCACUCCCAGAGCCCUAUUCUAAAUUCAUCAAUGGACUCCCAAACCUGCACGUACAUGCAGACGACCCCUGGGGCUGACAGAUGCAGUCCAGUAGCCACCGAGGGGGGGGAAGUCCCACGAGGGUCAAUGACCCCUGGAUUGGGCAAACCAGAAAACUGGGGAGUCACCAAAGUCUGCCAAGGACAGAUAAAAGGCAGUGAAAAGUGACCCUCAGUGGUGCCCUCUUGAUCUCCAACUCGACCAGACCUGUCCAGCCAGAAGGACCAGCCGGCGACCCCCUUCUGGAAGAUAAUACCACGCUGAAAGAAGCCUCAACGACAGACUCCAGUGCUUGCAGGAUAGGUAUACCUGACUCUAGCCUGCUUCUGUGUGCAUGUGUGUGUGUGGACCAGCCCCAAGGUUUAUGAUUACAGUGUUUCAAUCCGCCUAAUAAACUAGAAUUUUAAGGAUCCCGAGUUGGACAUUUGUAACUGUUCAACAAUCUGAGCUGAGCUCUGAGCUCAUGAGACCCUGCUGAGCUGGUGUAAUUGUGGUGACCAUAGGUUGAGCAUGUUUGUGAAUCUGGUCCAUUCUUGUUAUGGUGAAACCCUGGCAAGGAACAUGUGUCCAGCCAAGGCUUGGAGGUGCCAGAGCAAGGGGACAGGUCAAAGGAUCAUGUUUCAUGAACUUGGUGUUGG